ACGCGUGAUCUUUUUCUUAUAUAUCUGAAGAUAUCUAUAUUAUAUAAUUUUGUUUUAUUUUGUUUUGUUUUGUUUUCUAUUUUUUUAUAAGUCAUUAGACCAAUCAAGAAUGAGCGUUUUAAUGGAUGGACAAUCUUGUUUCUUCAAACGAGCUCAUCGUUAUCCGUCUUAUCGAUAAAAACGUUGCAAGAAGACGUGCGUGCAGUUGAUGAAGAGCUUGUAUACGUUGUAUAAUAAUCGUAACACGAAAUAUGGUUUUAAUAACGGAAGUGGAAGAUCGGAAGAUCGUGAAACCUUAUUUGGGUGGAUGGCGGAAUAAAAUCACGGGUAUAGAAUAUUUAAACGCAAUAUCGCAAACCGGACCACCACCUAAAUAUACAUCCUGGAAUAAUUACUGUAGUAUUGGGAUUCAAACGGUGGAAACUAAAGAUGGAACAACACAAUCGGCACAUAAUAAAACCACACAAAUGUGGCGGACGGAUUAUAACGUAUCGAAUGCGAAUGACAAGUACAUGACACCUAAGUGUUACGAACCAUACGAUGAUAUACAAUGGCGUCUCGAUCUUAAUCAUCGAGCGAGGAUCAUUCAAAGGAAUUAUCGGGUAUAUAGACUUUUGAAAUAUAUGAAGGAAUGUGCUCGAAAAUAUAGAGAAAUAUUGAAAGAAUGUAAACGGUAUCAGGAUGAGAGAAUCAUUAUGUACAGGAAAAGACACGAGCAGGAACUUCUACGAAAGAUUAAUCCACGUUCCAGGGCAGAUUUUGAUAUGUUGAUUGAACUAAUCGAACGAUGGAGAUGUGAUCGUAUAAAGGAGAUAAAUGCACGCUACUUCAAAGCUACUCAGUGCGCUGAAAAUUGUUUCGUUCUUAAAAAAACCGUGGAAAUGUUUAACGUCAUCGAUAAAUUUAAACAAAAGAUCAGAGAACAAUACAGAACGAGGAAACGUGUUAAAUUUUUAAAGAUCAAUUCUAAGCCUAUAAAGUGGCACGGAUAUAAGGCUAAACUGAUAGAAAUGUUCACAUUGAAGACUCAAAAGGCACAGGAAUAUUUGAGCAUAUUUAAUUCGUUAAGCAACGAUAAUUUGAACGUAGAAGAACGAACGGAAUUGUUAUUGAUGUUGAAAAAAUCAGUCGGAUUUCAUAUCUGUGUCUAUGCUUUCGACUUGAUUUACUUGUUGGAUCAAGAGAUAAUGUUAUUGUCGAGAGGCAUCAAGAAUCUAUCUCUCGAAUAUUUAAGAAAAAGAAUACUAUGUGAUUAUUUGAAAUUCGUUGCCAACUCUGGUACUUGCGCUUGUACGAAUAUUCGUAGGGGUUUCAAAAAGGAUCCCAAGUGCGAGGAAUUUCGUGAACCCUUGGAGAUAAAAACAUUAUUUUGUAGAAGCUGUAGAAAAGUACUUCCCUAUAACAGAUUUUCAGUUCACAGUAGAUUGAACAAAUUAUCGUCUUGCACUAGUUGCACGUUGUUGAGUGAUAGGAGUUACUUUCACGUUAAUUACGAACCAUACGUUUUUAUUUUAAAUUACGUACGAGCCGAAGAAAAACGGAAUAGAUGUUUUUCGGCAUUGGCGUUUAUGAUGCAACCAAAAGACAUUUAUUAUCUGGUUAACAACAUCUGGCAGAAUCAUUCGAUCAUAAGUAAAAACGAAGACAUUUACGUAUUAAGAUUGGUCAGAUAUAACAAGUACGUUGAAUGGUCACCAUGGAAUUGUAUUCUUUUAACCGAAGAAGAAGCAGAGAUUCAUUAUCGUAUCGAUGAUUUCACCAAAGUCUAUUCGAAACUAUUGCUACAUGAGAUCUUAUUGAAACACUUGGCAGCGAAGAAUUAUUUCAAACGGCUGAGCUACUAUGACAAAGGAUUUAGAGAAUCCUCUCGAUUUUAUAUGAUACAGGAUAGAAAGGAUUACGAGCCAUUUGACAAAGGGAUUUAUCUCGAAGGAUACGAGUUUUAACGAUUUACAAAAUUAUCAGGAUUCUACGUAUCUUCUUUUUUAAUAUUAUUUAAAUAACAA